AUGCUCACGCGACCGUUGUCAAAUGAAGCAGAAGCGUUUCCUUCGGCAACCUACCUGACAGCAUUCCUGGGUGGUUUGCUACCACGUACUUGUGGAUUCUUGACAUCGACGGGGCGUCAUGGUUUCCGAAUCGACCCGGAGCUGGAUGCAGAGAUCAAGCGGAUGUAUUCGAAUAAACAUAGAGCAAGUAGUGCAACCCUUCGUAACUCUCUAGCUGAACCUAUUUUAAUGGAUAAUCCAUUCUUGGAGCUACCUUUGCUUCUUUCACCAAUCUCGCCCAUCGAUAAUCCAGGAAUUUCCGCACUGACAAUGAGUCAAAUCAGUCCUAUGCGUGAGAUUUCCACAAAGGAGCAUGGCUCAAAAAUAGAAAAGGAAGAAGCCAGUCAAAAAUUGGAAGAGUAUAUUCCCAAAAGCAUGAAUGAACUUGAAGAAGUUGAUAACUCUACGAUCUCUGACAUAGAAGAUAGUUCCAAUUCUACGGUUUUUGGAACGCGAGAUAAUGGAGAGCUCAAAAUGACCCCAAAUUCACGUGCAGUAACCAAUGAACCUGAUGAGGAAUAUCUUGCUGUUGCCAGAAUUCUUACUGGAAACUAUACAACUCCUCCACAAAAGGAACUGAUCCCUCAACAUUUGAAGAAGGAGAAGAAGGUUUUGUCUAUUCUGUUGAUAAACCCAAGAAGUUGCCAUCUCACCAAGUGGAAGCUGGCAAAUCCUACAAAAUUUACACCGUGGCCAGCGAGGAUGUUGAAGGUAGGUUGUUAA